AUGCAAUCAAAUAAAUCCAUAUUUGUUUGUUUAUUUUUAUUGUUGGUGGUAGCACUUUGUGGUGCUAGACACUUUGAACAUCUAAGAUGGCAAUUGGCUGCCGAGCAAAAGCUUUGCCCAAUGCACCCAAUUCCAUUCAGAAUCUUCAUUAAGCAACAGAAUGUAGACAGUCUUAAGGAUAUCGUUCGUGCUGUCACCGACCCAAAGUCUCAACAAUACGGACAGUAUUUGACUAUCGACGAGAUCACCGAGGUCAUUAGACCAACCGACGAAGCCAUCAAGACCAUCGAUGCUUGGUUGCGUGAGAACAACGCCAAGUCCAUCCAAUACAACCGUAACUUGGAUUCGGUUCACGUCGUCAUGCCAAGAAAGAACGUAGAGAAGAUGCUCUCAGUACAAAUGCAAAAGUUCCAAUAUGCCGGCGACUCAUCGAGAGUUGUCAUCCGUUCUGCUACCGACGCAGUUUUAGACCACUCUGUAGCUCAACACAUCGAUUUAAUCACUGGAAUUUCACACUUCCCAAUUUCACAACGUAGAUCAGCAAAUACCAAAUUAAUUGAUAAUACUUUGACUUUGGAUGCUUCAUCAUCUUCAUCUUCAUCAUCCUCUGGAUUGUCUAUUCUUUCCAUGAAGGGUUUGGGUGACAAUUUCAAGAUGGUAUUCCAACCAAAUUGUGCUCCAAGUUGCAAUGGUAAAUACUAUCCAGUUGAUGUAACCGUUCAAACUUUAGAUGCUUUCCAACCUUCAGUAGAUCUUGAAGGAGUCACUCCAAAUUGUACUGUUGCAGGUGGACAAACUACCUGUACUAUCUAUGUCCCAACUUUCCCAUACGUUCAGACUCAAAUCACUCUCACUCAAGGUGCCGAUACCAUUCAAUGGCCAUUCAACUUUGUUUCGACACCAGUUGUCGUACCACAAUCGAUCAAGUCACAAUAUGGUAUUCCACAAAACUACAUUGUCACCAAUCCAAAGGCAACUCAAUGCGUUGUCGAGUUUGAACAACAAUACUACUCACCAUCGGAUUUGGUCACCUUUUUCCAACAGAUGGGAUUGCCACAACCAACCACACCAGUCCAAGUGAUUGGAUACAACGAUGAAACUAAUCCAGGUAUCGAAGCAAGUCUCGACAUCCAAUACAUGAUGGCCAUCUCCACCGGUUCACCAACCACCUUCUGGUCGAUCUACGCCAACUCCUCAGUUGAGAUUGACGACAUCCUCCAAUGGGAAGUCGCAAUUGGUAACACAGAUGAUGCUCCACUCGUCAAUUCGCUGUCCUACGGUAUGACAGAAAUCAACGUUGACACCUAUCUCGGACAAGGUUACUUGGCUCGUUCCGACAUCGAGUUUGUCAAGUUGGCAUCGCGUGGUAUCACCGUUAUCAUCGCCUCUGGUGACUCUGGUGCCUCAGAUCUUGGACCACCUCCAAUGGGAUCCGGUUCAUGCGCCAAACUCUUUGCCGACUGGCCAUCGCAAUCGCCAUACGUCACUGCUGUCAGCUCCACCUAUUUCACACCACUUGCCGAGCCAAUCUGCUACAUUCCACCAUCGCAAGGUGGAGUCGACUGUCUCUACAAUCCAUUGGGUGAGAUCUCUGUCUCUGUCGAUCACGGUAUGAUGUGGACAACUGGAGGUGGUAUUUCCAACACUUCGCAAUCGCCAUACUACCAACAAGCAGCAGUUGAACAGUAUUUCAACCAAUUGAACGCAUUGAAAUUAACCCCACCAUCCAAUCUCUACAAUGCAACUGGACGUUCAUACCCAGAUGUUGCAACAGUUGGACACAAUCUUUGGAUUAUCAAUGGUGGUGAAUUCCUUGGUGUAGAUGGUACUUCUGCCUCUGCACCAAUUUUCGGUGGUUUGGUCACCAUUUUGAAUGACAUUCGUUUGAAUGCUGGUAAUCCACCAUUGGGAUUCUUCAAUCCAUUGCUCUAUCAAAUUGCUCAAGACCACCCAGAUGCUUUCUACGAUGUCAUCGUAGGAAAUAACAGAUGUGGUGUCACCGACAGCUUGCCAACCUGUUGCACAUACGGAUGGAGUGCUGUUCCAGGUUUCGAUCAAGUCUCUGGUUUGGGACGUCCAAAUAUGGAAGUCUUAAUGAGAGUAAUCAACGAUUAUUAA